CGAAUUUUUACAACAAUAGUGGUGUUAUUUUUCGCAUUAGAAACACAUAUUCAUUCCAAUUCGCGGUUGUGGGUGAAUCAUACAUGUGUGAUAUUUCUUGGAAGCAAAAAAGCUCCAUUCGAUACACGUCAACAGUAAGCAGUCGUUGCUGACGAAACAUAGUAGAUUCAGAGAAGAACAUAUUUGACAAAUCCUGUUUGAGAUUUGAUAAAAAAAACCUUUUUAUUUUCUUCAAUAAAGGGAACAAGAACUGAUUGUGACGUUAACGCGGCAGACACCCAAAAGAACGCUGCGCGAUAGAGUUUUCAGCCUACCGAGAUUUGUAUAUAAAGGUGUUGUUUGCUAGCGAAAGUUUUCUCAGUGUCGAGUCAAUAUCGAUACCAAACGGUUACCGAGUGCGCGCGCGGAUACUCGUUAGGUUCAGGACCUCGUGAAAGGUGAACUCCCAAAGUGUAAAAACAUCCCCAAGAGAGUACUGGCGGUCAGCGGUGAGAGCAAGUGUGUGGAACAACCGAUCGAGUAAGCCGAAUGUGCGGUGAGAGGUGACCGACCACGAAAUACGUCUACAGAAAACUGGUACCAUACAAAAAGCCAGUUGGGCAAGUUCCCGAAUGCGAGAGUAGGCUGGAGUGGCUCCAAAGAAAUAAAGUGGCGAUCCGUGGUAAACUGCUCAGUCGUUUGUGUUCCGCAUUCGUGAGUAGUUCGUCGGCAGUGGUGAUUACUUGACUUAAAGAAAGCAUAUUUGACUAGCGUGAUACUGAAUCAUUAGGUGAACACCAGUGUGUACUUGAGCAAUAAACAUAACAAGUGCCAACGUGUGAAUUAUUGUUAGAUAAAGAAGAGCUUGCAGAACAGUAAAUUUUGUAUUAUCAGUUGGUAAAAUGUGCGGCAUUUUUGCUUAUUUGAAUUAUCUCACGCCGAAAUCAAGGCGCGAAAUUCUAGACCUACUUCUGACUGGGCUGAAACGUCUAGAGUAUCGUGGAUAUGAUUCAGCUGGUGUUGCAGUUGAUUUGGCAGAUCAGAAGGAAAUUGUGUUAUUCAAAAGCACAGGAAAAGUGAAGGUCUUAGAAGAUGCGAUCGCGGAGGCAAUCAAGAGUGACUGCUAUAGCGAUACUGUGGAGACGCAUGUCGGCAUUUCACAUACUCGUUGGGCUACGCAUGGUGCUCCCUGUGAGCUCAACUCUCAUCCUCAACGUUCCGAUGAAACUAACUCGUUUGUUGUGGUUCACAAUGGUAUUGUGACUAACUACAAGGAUAUCAAAAAGUUCCUUGAACUCCGCGGAUAUGUCUUCGAAUCUGAUACUGAUACGGAAGUUAUUGCCAAACUGGUACAUCAUCUAUACCUGCAACAUCCAAAUUAUUCCUUCAGAGAACUGGUUGAACAGGUUAUCCAGCAAAUUGAAGGAGCUUUUGCACUUGCAUUCAAAUCCAAGCAUUUCCCGGGAGAAUGUGUCGUAACACGCCGUGGCUCACCACUACUCGUUGGUAUUAAAGCUAAGACCAGCCUAGCUACUAACCACGUUCCCAUACUAUAUGGAAAAGGUCAUCGUCAUGGCUCAACUGGAAAUAUUCAAGUAGAACCUACACCAGACAAUACAUCGGACUUCAUUAACCCUGGUGAGGAAGUGGAAUACUUCUUCGCGUCGGACGCAUCUGCUGUUAUCGAACAUACCAACCGAGUCAUCUAUCUAGAGGACGACGAUGUCGCAGCGGUAAAAAAUGGUGCCCUUGGAAUCCACAGAUUGAAAAAGAGCCUGGACGAUCCACAUGCCCGUGAAAUAACUACUCUAAAAAUGGAAAUUCAACAGAUCAUGAAAGGAAAUUACCGUUAUUUUAUGCAAAAGGAAAUAUUCGAACAACCAGAAUCUGUAGUCAAUACCAUGCGCGGACGUAUGAACUUCGAAACAAAAAAGGUUACCCUUGGAGGUAUUAAAGAGUAUAUUCCUGAGAUCAAGCGAUGUCGACGCCUAAUGUUGAUUGGUUGCGGAACAUCUUAUCACAGUGCGGUUGCUACUCGGCAGCUUCUGGAGGAACUUACUGAGCUCCCAGUUAUGGUUGAAUUGGCUUCAGACUUUCUGGAUCGUAACACACCAAUCUACCGAGACGAUGUUUGUUUUUUCAUUUCUCAAUCAGGAGAAACUGCAGACACACUGUUAGCUCUUCGCUAUUGUAAACAACGAGGAGCGUUGAUUGUUGGAAUCACAAACACUGUUGGAAGUUCAAUCUGUCGCGAAUCACAUUGCGGAGUGCAUGUUAAUGCUGGUCCUGAAAUCGGUGUUGCUUCUACUAAGGCCUACACAUCACAAUUUAUUUCAUUGGUAAUGUUUGCAUUGGUGAUGAGCGAGGACAGGCUUUCUCUACAAAAUCGACGAGAGGAGAUAAUUGAAGGUCUUCGUCAACUAGAUGCACACAUCAAACAGGUGCUCAAGUUGGAUCAAAAGGUACUUGAGAUCGCUCAAGAUCUAUACCAACAAAAGUCUCUACUCAUCAUGGGUCGAGGUUAUAACUUCGCUACCUGUAUGGAAGGUGCCCUAAAAGUGAAAGAGUUGACUUACAUGCACAGUGAAGGAAUCAUGGCGGGUGAACUAAAACACGGACCAUUGGCUUUGGUCGAUGACACGAUGCCUAUCGUGAUGAUCAUCAUGCGCGACCCAGUAUAUGUAAAAUGUAUAAACGCUCUACAACAGGUCACAGCACGCGAAGGUCGACCAAUCAUUGUUUGCGAGGAACACGAUAUCGAAACCAUUAGUCUCGGUUCGAAGACUUUGGAGAUACCACGCACUGUCGAUUGUCUACAAGGCGUUUUAACCGUCAUUCCGAUGCAAUUACUUUCUUAUCACAUUGCAGUGCUUAGAGGAUGCAAUGUAGAUUGUCCACGAAACUUAGCAAAAUCUGUGACGGUGGAGUAAACGUAUCUUUUGUUCAAGCAUUCAUACACCCCGCAUAUCAGCAGUAUAAAUUCGCUUUUACUGUAUCUAUUCGUGGAACACACUUAUAUAAAUCAUAAACAAGGUGUGCACUGAAUAGAUUCUUGAAUAUAAAACAUGUCAUUGAAUAAGGCAGAGACGACAUG